UAAUAGAUGAGCAGACUUGGGGUUUGUAGGCCAUAUGCAUCAGAAAUAAGACGUUUUAGUUGGUUUCUUCUACUUGAGUCCUGCUUUACGCUUAUGGGAAUCUUAGAAAUCCCAUCCGUGUCUAAUUCUCAUGAUUUCAGCAUCAAGAGUGUUUUAUAUUCCAAUGAUGCAAUGAUCCAAAAGGAAUAAUUUUGAGAAGCUUCUAGUGGUAUGUUGAGGCACUUGAUAUCGUAUUCUUAACAUGAAUAUCCCUGAUUUGUGACUCUACUGGUGGUUAAAUGCUCUCUUUUUCCAAUCUUUACUUGCCAAAUUGAUGCCUCAUGUAUCCCAUGUUGCUGCUCUUCCUGUGAUGUUUGACAGAGGAAAAACAGAGAACCCAGAAUUUAUAAAAAAUUCACUAUUAAUUCACACAAUUCUAAAAAAAAUAAAUCAUUGCAAUAACUGGCAUGAUCUAAUCUGAAGCUGUCGUCUGCAAAAUUGAGAACAGAAGAGAGCAAAAAAGCUAGCCAUGUUCUAGGCCAUAAACAAAACAAUUGCCUUUACAUGUGGCAUGGAUGUAAAAUGUGAAUACAGAUGAAAACUUACUAAUAGAUUCUUUUUGCAGUACCACCAUUUUGACAAGUGGUCUUGCUGCACUUCCCAUUAGGACAAAUGCUUGCCAGGAUUCUUAUCAAGGCUUGGGGCAUUUUAAAAAGUGAUAUUGAGCUCAUCAAAUGCAAUUUUAGUCCUUUGAUUGAUGCAUACCACUCACCCUUGGUAACAAAUCGUGGGUCCUUUAGAAGAAAAAAGAAUGAGAAUAUAUGAAGCUGGUGGUUCUUGUUUCUUGAUAGCCAUCUUGCAUGUGCAUCCCUCUUCCUUGUUUAGUAUACUUUCAUAUAACAGAACUUCAUUUAAUGAACAUGGUCAUUAUAGCAUAUGCUAUGCAUGCUUAACUAUGAUUAUAAUGUAAGAAUAUUUCAAAAUCCUUGUUCACGCAUAGGAAUAUUUUAAAAUAGUCACAAGUACUAAAUUCCCUUGUGGAAUUUGAAGCCUCCUGUAUUUUUUUAAAUAGUGUUUAGUUGCUGGAUUCCGUUGUGAAUGACACUCUUCUGUGGUGCCAUUUCACGUUCUUCAUCAGCAUCUCUCAAGGAUAGCAUAUAAAAGAAGAAGAGAGGAUUACCAACUUUUGCUUGUAGUAUUAUGGCAGGGCUUGAUGGUCAAGCUAAAUUUGUUGAGGGCAGUGACUUCGUGGCCAUCUUAUCAUCUCAAGGGAUAGAUUAUCUUUUAUCUGGUGAAGGAAAGGUGCCCUUGUCAUCAUGUGAUUGUAAGGUAAUUUGCCUCUUCUUCUCGGCAAACUGGUGCAGGCCAUGUAAAGCAUUUGCUCCCCAGCUUGUGAAAAUUUAUAAUAGCCUAAGAGGUACUGGUAAAAAACUAGAGAUUGUAUUCAUCUCCUUUGAUCGCGAUGAGGAUGGAUUCAAGGAACACUUCAAGUGUAUGCCAUGGCUUGCAGUCCCAUUUGAAGUAAACUUGCAUAGACAUUUGAGUGACAUCUAUCAUGUUAAUCGUAUUCCAUCAUGUAUCUCGUUGGGUUCAGAUGGAAUAUCAGUUGAAGAAGAUAUGAUUGGAUUGAUAGAAGACUUUGGCGCUGAAGCAUUUCCCUUCACCAGGGAAAGAUUUGACGAACUGAGGUCUAUCGAUGAUGCAAAGCGCCAGGGAGGAAAAUUACAGCAACUUCUGGCACAUGAAGGACGGAACUAUGUUUUAUCAGGAGAUACUAGAAAGAUAUUUGUAUCUGAACUUGUUGGCAAGACAAUAGGCCUUUACUUUGGCGCACACUGGUGCCCUCCAAGCCGUGCCUUCACUACGCAACUUAUCCAAAAUUACAACGAGAUCAUAACCACCAAUGAUGGAUGCUUUGAAAUUAUCUUAGUCUCUACAGACCGAGACCUUAAAGAAUUUAAUACCAACCUAAGUAACAUGCCAUGGCUUGCUAUUCCAUACGAGGACAGGACACGGCAAGACCUUUGCAGGAUCUUUAACAUUAAAGGGAUUCCAGCUUUGGUCAUUAUUGGACAAGAUGGGAAGAUCAUUAGCACAGAUGGGAAAGCCAUGAUUUCCUUAUAUGGUGCUAAGGCUUUCCCAUUUACAGAGUCAAGGAUUACAGAGAUCGAAGCAACUUUGAAGGAGGAAGGAGAUGCAUUACCUCGGCAAGUAAAAGAUAUAAAGCACCAACAUGCUCUGAAGUUGGACAUGGCAAAAGCAUAUGUAUGUGACUGCUGCAACGGGCAAGGCAAGUUCUGGGCAUUCUCUUGUGAUGUGUGUGAUUAUGACCUUCAUCCAGCAUGUGUAGAAGAGGCAUGCUCAGACUGUUUAAUGAAAGUUGGCGAUAUUAAUUCAACAGCCUAAAUGUAAUACUUGAAUGAAGAAUAAAUUACCUUACCUCUCCAAGAAAACAAA